AUGUCGUCAGGUAACGAGAAGUUUAAAAUAGACUACUUCUCUAUUCAGGUUGGCGCCUGGCGUAUCCUUGGAGCCUUGGACUUGAGCAAUGGCAAAUAUCUGGGUUGGGCAAUGUUCCUCAACGUUUUUGUCUCAAUGCUGGUGCCGAUGUUGCUGCUAUCGUUGUUUAGCUUCGAAACGCCGCUGGAGAAUAUAACGAACGUUAGCCUGACCAUCACCUCGCUAUCCACAAUCCUGAAAUUCGGCAUGUAUGUCCGUAAGCUUCACAAGCUGGUCGAGAUGAAGGAGGUUAUAGCCCAGUUGGAUAGCCGGGCUAAGGGGAAGGAGCAGAUCCGCUAUCACCGACAUAUGGCCAAGUACCUGCAGCGCCUAUCGAGAGUAUUUUUGGCAACAUUCUUGACCGUGAUGGUUAACACGGCGAUCUCCUUUCUAUUCCGGAGCGAAAGAAGCCUACCUUUUCCUCUAUGGAUUCCCUUCGAUUGGAAGCACUCGAUGGUGGCCUAUGUAGCUGUUCUGCUCUUUCAGGAGGUUGGCAUUUUCUGCCAAGUCCUUCAGAACUUUGCGGACGACUCGUUUCCACCUCUGGCACUGUACCUUAUUUCCGAACAGUGCCAUCUGCUGAUCCUGCGCAUAUCCAGUAUCGGCUAUGGAUCGGCAAGUCAACGAGACAAUGAGAAGGAUCUUGUCAACUGCAUCAAGGACCAGAAUGAUCUAUAUAGAUUGCUGGAACUUACGCGCAGCCUCAUAACCGGUCCCAUGUUGAUCCAGUUUAUUGUAAUAGCCGCCAAUAUUGCUUUGAUCAUGUUCGGUCUGGUCUUCUACGUAGAGAGAGUACAGGAUCGCGUUUUCUACAUGACUUUCCUUUGGGGCGUUACAUUACAAACAUAUCCCCUGUGCUACUAUGGCACCAUGAUGGCGGAUAGCUUCUCGAGCCUCCACUAUGCAAUCUUUUGCAGCAACUGGAUUGACCAGAGCAGCAGGUAUCGCAGUAACAUGCUAAUCCUGGCGGAGCGGACCAAGCAGCAGCAGCUCCUACUUGCCGGUGAUAUCCUACCCAUUCAUUUAAGCACCUUUGCGGCCAUUUGCAAGGGGGCCUACUCCUUCUUCACCCUGAUGUACGACAGUGUUGAUAAGAUUCAGAACCUCAACAAGCCGUGAU